UGUUUCCCGAAGUGCUCCGCCGUCGCCGCUGUCGAGCUGCUCCCAAUAAACACGCAGCAGUUUUCUCAGCCGGUCUUUGUCCACGAACCGCCUCCUUACGACGCGUUUCUUUUCCGCGUAGUGCUGGACGCAGACAUGGGUGACUUUGCCGCUUUGCGUCAUAGCGGAAGUCAAAACUUGGACUAAAACUGUGACAUUGACGAGGUGUUGAGUCCGGGCAAAGCAUCCCUUCCCAGCGCGCGGGCAGCAUCACAUGUGUGGCGGAGGGCUAGCUACGCUCGAGAAGUCCUUUACGAAAACAGCGUCCGGCGGAGACCGCAGCUCUUCCUCGAGCUAAAGAUGCUAUUCGGUGUGUCACACCGCGCAGGGGCUGAGGUGACCCGGUAACCGCGGCGGAACCACUACAAUGUUCUGGACGUUUGGAACUAACGCGCCGGCUCACAUCUAACCACGCAAACAAACGAAGAAGGCAGCUCUCCUUCUGUCAGGAGCUCAAACCAGCGAUGACGUCCCCAGACUCGCCCCCUUUGGUCUCUCCAUCGCCAUGCCCCCCUCCCCCUCCAUCGAUCCCCUCCUCACCCAUGCGGUCCUCCCCGGCCCCGUCCUCCUCCUCCAUCCCCGGCCCGCCCUCGCUGCCUCCAACGGGGGAGGUGAUGGUGCUGGCUCUGGGCAGGAAGAAGCAGAGGGUGCUGAUUGCGCUUUCCAUCCUUCCCAACCUCUUUCUGGCCUUCCUGCUGUCCUCCGACCCCCUACUUACCCUCUCUCCUAAACACCACUGCCACCUGCCCGGGCCCCCGCCUUCCCUGGAGAUGCUGAAUGCCACCCUGCCCUGGGAGAAGGGGCAGAAGUCCAAAGAAGGAGGCGUGUCCCAGUGUAAGCAGUACACCAACCGCAGCCAGACAGCUGUGACGGACUGUGAGGGGGGGUGGGACUACAACGUCACGGAGGGCCUGAAGAACAACAUUGUUACUGAGUGGGAUCUGGUGUGUGCUCGGUACUGGCUGGUCCCGGUGGAGGAGGUGUGCUUCAUCCUGGGUGUCCUCACCGGCUGCCUGGCCUUGGGCUUCACAGCUGACCGGUUGGGCAGGUCCAAGGCCCUGCUGAUCUCCCUGACUCUGUCGGUGGUGUUUGGAGUGCUGGUGUGCGUCUCCCCCUACCCCUCUGUCUUCAUUGUGAUGCGUUUCUGCCUGGCAGCUACAAGUGCCGGAGUUUAUGUUACUCUUUAUGUCUCCCGUCUGGAGCUGUGUGAGCCGUCUGCCCGGCUCGUGGCCACCAUGCUAGCUGGACUGAUGACGUGGGCUGGAGAGCUGCUGCUGCUGGCUGUGGCCCUCGGCUGUCGGUCCUGGAGGGGCCUGCUUGGAGUCGGAGUCGCCCCCUUAACACUGUUUCUCAGCUACGGCGUUCCUGGUGUAUUUCCAGAGUCUCCUCGCUGGCUCCUCCUAUCAGAAAGGUCUGCAGACAUGAACUCCUUCAGCGAGAGAAGAAACUCCAGUAGAGACGUGAGGGAGGAUGAGAGCUUCACAGAGCUGGAUUCAGAGCCCGCCCCCUUAGCGCGCCCUCACCUGUCCCUCCCCGAGCUCUUCCACAGCAGGAACAUCUGGAAAAACUUAUGUGUGCUUGGCUUCACCUCAUUCAUCUCUCACGGCAUUAGUCACUGUUACAGCUCAUUCCGAGGUGAUGUCAGAGGCACUGCCUCCAGCUUCUACUGGACCUACCUGCUGUCUGUGUGUGCAGGGGGAGGGGCUUGGCUGUUGCUCUGGGCGACCGUAGACAGGUGCGGUCGCCGUGGCAUCUUGCUGCUGUCCAUGACGAUGACGGGUUUGGCUUCUUUGAUCCUCCUCGGCCUCAUGGAGUAUCUGAGUGAGAUGGCCAUCACCAUCUUCUCGGUGCUGGGGCUCUUCUCUUCACAAGCCACAGCCUCUGUGUGCAUCCUCUUCACUGCAGAGAUCAUGCCCACCAUCAUCAGGGGCAGCGGCGUCGGCGUCGUCCUGGCUCUGGGUUGCGUGGGCCGCCUGAGCUCACCCAUCAUGGACCUGCGAAACCACUACGGCUACUUCCUGCAUCACGUCAUCUACUCCUCUCUGGCACUGCUGGCCGUGCUCUCCAUCCUGCUCCUGCCCGAGAGCAAAAGGAAGCCGCUGCCCCAGACGCUGGCCGACGGGGAGCAGUACAGGCGGCCGCCGCUGGGCAGGAGGCGGAGGGACAAUGUGCCGCUGCUGGCCACCCCGAACCCGGAGACCUGAAGGAGCCUGCGGCGCUGCGACGGCACAGGUCGUCCUCUGCCUGAACCUGCAACAUCUUCAUGCCGGGAGAGACUUAAAACAGAAGAAAAGGGCUCAGACAAACGCCAAGCUUCUUACAUAUCAUCCUCCAGUCUUUCCAGAGGCAGAUUGCGCCACUGAUGAACAGACUAGUCUAACUUUCACAAAACCUUCAUCUCACUGUGGUCUCUUGUUACGACACCAGCAUCCUCUGCUGCCCUCCAUCCUGUCUGCUGUGGAGAUUAGAGAUCCCGGAGUUUCUUAGCAUUUGUCUUGACUUACAUUAGAGCAUAUUUUGCUGUUCUACUGUGGGCAUCUACUCAAAAAGUGCUACGACAAGAGCAAACUAGAAUUUUUGUAUAGUUUUCUGUACCUUUUAGUAACAACUUGUUGUGCACAGGCAGGAGGAAGCAUUUCACUGACAUGUAACUCUGGAGCUAAUCAUCAGAUGUCCUAUAAGUGACGUAAACUCUAGUUUCUUUUAUUUUUUUUAGCAUCUGAGGUUUAUUUAAGCAGACGUCGAGGCUCAACCCACAUAGACAAGUAUGCUAAGCAGUUUGGGGAGGGGGUGUAAGGCCCUUUUUCAUUUUCUCUUGACGGUAGAAGCAUGUUUGACCAAAGGCUUAAAAUUAAAGGGAAAUAAUUUUAAACUUUAAUCAGUCAGAAAAGCUCAACAUUUUAGCAUUUCCACUGUGUCAGUCCAGUUCCCUGAAGCUGGCCUGGAGUCAGCAGUAUUUAUAAUCCUAUUUAUGUUGUUAUUAAUCACUAAUUUAUCCCGAGUGCUGACGUUUUUAAGAUCGACUUAGAUUAGAGGGUUUUGUCUCCGUUCUCCAUGUCUCUGUAGAUCAGGAGUGUCAAACUCCAUGUUGGACAGCAUGGCCUGGAUUCUGACACCCCUGCUGUGGAUGCAGUCUCGUAAAACCCCGCGGGUUGUGCUAAAGAGCAGAUUUCAGACAUAUUUGUGCUUAAUGUUGGUGGGCGGGGCCUGAUGAGUUUGCUCUCUAACCAUGAGCUAAAGAGGGGCCCCGAGCUCCUCUGCCUCACACUACAAUAUUUGCUUUAUUGAUCCAGAUCUUUUAUGUUUCAAAAUAAAAGCAUGGGUGAGUUGGAAUGUGUUGCAGCCAUUGGGUUGUGUUCACUACUUUUUUAAUGCUAAUAGGAAACGUCUGAUGGAAGCUAACAUGAAAGAUGAUCAUCUUUGCUGACGACUUUAGUUUAUUCUGGAUAAAUGUAAUCACUGAUUACGUCUUAUUAUUGUCUGAUAACACCAAGCAUCUGUUGAAUGACGAGUUCAAUGCAGUUGAAUGUUAUAGCCUGAUUUCUUGUACAAUAAAAGUGGGACACUUAAGA